AUGUCCCGGGACCCCGAGGAGGCGUGGAGUCCCGAGUAUGACUCCACCUGGGACGAUGAGGAGGAGGAGAAGACUCGGGGCCACAAAGAGCCAGGGAGCCGGGGACAGCCUAAUAAUUGUCGAAAUAGGGCGACCAGAGCCGCCAGGGACCUGCAGAACUACAGACACGGCUAUGUAACUGACAAGCGCUAUCACUGCUACUUGAGUUCGCAUCCGGAAACCCCUAAUCCCAACGUGGACUUCUAUAAGGGCAAUAUACGUUUUGAGCCUGAUGGGCUGCUCAUAAAGGACUUGUUAAAGGAAUGGAAUAAAAAGUAUGACAUCCUGGAGAGGAACCAUUGCUAUAUCCAAUGGCUAUUUCCUCUGCGGGAAUAUGGUAUGAACUCUUGUGCCAAACCACUGACAAAGACUGAAAUGGAGGAGAUGAAGAAAGACGAGUCUAUCCAGAUGAUGUUCCUUGACGCCUACAAACUCAUGUUGGAUUUUUAUGGCAUCAAACUGGAAAACAAGAAGACCGGAAAAGUGACCCUAGCAGAUAACUGGGAAAACAGAUUUAAGAAUCUGAACGACCACAGUCACAACAAUCUGCGGAUCACACGCAUACUGAAGUGUCUGGGGGAGCUGGGGUUUGAACACUAUCAGGCUCCCCUGGUGAGGUUCUUCCUGGAGGAAACAUUGUGCAAUAGCAGACUACAGAAUGUAAAAAGAAGUGCUCUGGACUACUUCAUGUUCACCGUCAAGAACAAGGUUGAGCGGCAAAAAUUAGUGCACUUUGCCUGGGAACAUUACCCCCAACAAGAAAAGUUCAUCUGGGGUCCUGUGGAGAAGCUCCGAGCCUACCAACCACCCGCAGAAAAUGAGUACGGAAGUAAAAACUGUCAGAAAGAAAAGAAUGAUGAAAGCGAUGAAGAAGGCCAAAAAAAUGGACAGUUGGACAGCUGCAAGAAAAACUCUGAAGAAGAAGGGUUAAAGUAUUCUGACUCUGGUAGUGAAAAUGUUGAAUGCAAGCGAGACUCUAUUAAGCCUGAUAAAAAACUCAGUGAGGAGUGCAUACCUCUUAAAGAGUCCCAUAGGAAAUGUCCAGAAGAGGGUUCCAGUAGGUCUUCGGAGGCAGUGUGUAACAACAAAGGUCUGUUCUCCAGUUCAGGUCCUAAUAUGAACGGAGUGCAGAUUCUUACAGAAGAUGUGGACAAAAAGUCCAAUGAAGAGGAAAGAAAUGAGUUUUCUUAUGAAGUGUCGCCAAAGCAUGACCAUAAAGUGCCUUCAGCAGUAGGAAAAGAAAAUGAAGGCAAAGUAGAGAGGCAAGUGUCUGGGAAUCAACAUGAGAAUUUCCAGCAAGACAACACACAUAAAGAAAUUGUUAAUACGCCAGUAGGUACCCCGAGGAAACGAAAGAGACAAAACGGGAAAGGAACAUCUGAUGGAGGUCCACCACAGUCUGAUGUCAACUCUGGGCUGCCAAAGGAAGAAGGAGAAGAAGAUCGAGUGGAUGGAGUUAACGAUGAAGUGAAAAAACUUAAAUUGAGUGUGAGCAGCCAGAUUCUGAAAGAAAUCAAAAAAUGGCAGACAACUUACCAGGCAACACUGCUGGCAGAGAUCCCCAACGGCCUGAUGAUGGUUGUGGUGUAAACCAAGAAGGAGGGGAAUGUAGCCAAACAGAGAAUGAGGAAGCCAAAGAGGAACCACCAAAACCUCAUGAGCAGUCAAGUUCGGAGGACAAUGAAAAAGAUAAGCCAUCAGCGAUGAGCCCUAGUGAAGAUCCUAAAUAG